GUUCUCGGAAUGUUGCCGAACAGUGGCCGGGCCACUCUGACCAAUCGCAGCGAGGCACUUUCGAAUUUUCAGAGCGACUAACGGCUGGCUGGUUUACUCUCCCUUGGAACAAGCGUGGUGGCAGAGGUUUGUUUGAUGUUGCUACUGGGGGAGAAGCAGCCAUGGCAGCUGAGGGUCCUAUUGAGGGGCUCUGUGAGGAAGCUACUUGUUCCAUCUGCCUAGAGUACUUCAUAGAUCCAGUGACUAUUGAUUGCGGGCACAAUUUCUGCCAAGCCUGCUUCAACCGAUUCUGGGGGGAUCCCAACACAACCGCUUCCUGCCCUCAGUGUAGAGAGAACAUUCAGCAAAGGAACUUUAGACCGAACCGGCAGCUGGCAAACAUUGUGGAACUAGUCAAGGAGCUGCAGGAGAGAAAAGCAUCCAAAAGAAAGGGGGAAGAAUGUGAGAGGCACCAGGACGCCCUGAAAAUUUUCCGGAGAAAUGAUCAACCCCCAGUUGGUGUGGUUCGUGACAAAUCACUGGGUCAUCAGCACGUGUCUUCUAUAAGUGAAAUUUCUGAAAAAUAUAAGGCACAAUUAGAAACAGAAAAGCAGAAGAUGAGAUCUGUCUUUCAGAGAAUGCAGAUGUUUCUCAAGGCAAAACAAUCCCUCUGGCUAAGUGAGCUAAAAGAUCUAGAGAUAAAGAUUUGGAGAAAGGGUGAAGAAAACAUCACUGAACUCUCUGAGGAGCUUUCCAGACUCAAUACUCUGAUCAUGCAGAUGGAGGGGAGAUACCUGCCGCCACCAAAUCCCUUCCAGCACCCAAGGGAAUCCCUCCAGGACAUCAAAAAUGCCUUGACCAGGUGUGAGAGGAACGCAUCAGAGUAUGAAAUGGACAUUUCUCACUGGUGGGAACAGACACUAAAAAUGGCCUCAGAGAAAAAUUCUGCUUUGGAAAGGGCGAUGGGGAGCUAUCAAGAGUCUCUGGAGCAAGUUACAAAUACAGCUCUUCUGAUGGAAGCCCUGAACAAAGUGAAUGUCACUCUGGAUCCAGAGACGGCACAUCCCUGCUUCACACUUUCUGAGGAUCUGAAGAGCGUGAGAUGGGAGCUGAAGAAGAGGAGGAGGAAGAAGGGAAGGAAGAGAGCCCUGCUGGCCAGCCCUGAGAGAUUUGACAUGGAGCGCUGUGUGCUGGGGCGUGAGGGGUUCACUUUCGGAAGACAUUGGUGGGAGGUGGCGGUAGACGGUGAGGCAAAUGCAAGGUGGGCCGUGGGGGUCGCAAGAGAAUCUGUCAGGAGAAAGGGAUAUCUCUACAUUAACGAGGGGGUCUGGGCAGUGGGGAAGCAAGCCCACAACCUGUCCACACCUUCCGAAUUCUUCGCCUUUACUUGCCCCACACCAACCCGUCUGACCUUGAGAAGAGAGCCCCAGAAGAUUCAGGUGUCCUUGGAUUAUGAAAGGGGCCAGGUGCAGUUUUUUGAUGCUGACACCGGUGAAUUGAUUUUCACAUACCAUACGGGGCCAUUCUUUGGGGAGAGGAUCCUACCCUUUUUCCAAGUGAGGACCCGUGGACUCGCGUUCAAGUGCUGAACCUUGAGGUGACAGCCCCCACACCGUCUAUGCAGGUGAUGCUUGAGAACAGCAAUGGGGAACCUGUGGUCUUCAGGUGGUGUUGGACUGUCGGCUUCUGUCAGCCCCCCAGACAAGCAUGGUCAGUGGGUUGGGGUGAUGGGAGCUGUAAUCCAGCAACAUCUGAGCAGACCACAGGUUCCCUAUUCCUCAUCUAGACGUUUUUCUGCGGUGGUAUUAAGAGACCAGCAAAGGGCUAUAAUCUAAUUGGUUUUCAGGCUGGGCUUCUGGUUCCUUGUCACAGAUCUCAGAAUCUUCCAUCUGCAAAAGUGCAUUUGAAGCAGGGAGGCUUAUUUGUGUUAACUGUACCCUUGAAAUAAUCACUCCCUUUAUUUAAAAAAUAAAAAAAGAGGAACGGGCUCCUUUGUGUGUUCCCUUUGUUAUAAAAAAUGAAAAGACCACAAUAGGUUGACAUGUUGGGGGUAUGGAUUCAGUACCUGUUGCAGAAUAGUUUAGCAAGUUUUGGCAUUCCUAUUCCUCAUCCUUGUUUUGUGUCUUUACGUUUUUUGGGGUGGGUGGAAGAGAGCUUGAUCAUUCAAAACUGCAGUGAAACGAAGCUUCUAACCCUUGCUUAUCUUGCCUUCUACUGAUUCCUCUUUAAUGCCACCAUUCUUUCGUUACAUACGAAGGAAUGCCUAGCUCCCUUUACACCUUUAUAAAUACGUGGAAGGAUUCUAGGAAGAGAAAUGGGGCUACCCAUCCCAAAUGUCACACACCCCAACUGGUCUUGAUAUCUUCGAAGGGUAGUUACAUUUGACCAGGUGAUAGUGUGUGUACAGGUGCUCCAUGCAACUAGGACUUGGGUGCAAUCAGUUCUGAUCACCUGGAGGACCUGCAUGUGGACAGCUUGCUCAUGUUUAUCUGACCUUUUGCGGUUUUCAGUGGAGGGGCCAGCACGGUGACACAGCCUCGCUUCCUGUUCUAUUUUCUGUGUAUAAUGGUGUGAAAGCCUGCAAUUGAGAGCUGGAAGCAUCCGCUGAGGAGCUCUGUUGGGGGGAGGGAUCUUUUUGGAGCUCUGACAUUAUAGGCCAGGAAUCAAGAUGGAAGAUGCUGCAACGAGAAAGCCCUUGUCAAUAGUAUGAGGCACAGGAUAGACUAAGGAUGGGGUUUGACAAGCAAAGACCAUCCACGUGGAUAAGUAUUGGGGAGAAAUCCCCUACAUGUAAAGUCAGUUCUUAUUUUUUGUCUUUGAGUUGACCUUCAACUUUGAGAGAUGUUGUUUUUCCUCCUCUGCAAACAUGUUGGUUGUUUCUGUGGACACCUGUUGAUCUUGGAAUGUGGAAUGUUAUUUGUCUUGUCUUAAGUUAUUUAUAUA